GUUCAAUUUUAACAAUAUUUGAUAAAUCAACACCAAAAACACAAAAUUUUUCUGAUCAACAAAUACAACAAAAUCCCCCAAGUUUAUUUCUUGUAAAAACAGUUUUACGUCUUGGAAAAAUUAAUAUUACAAAACUAGUAAAUAAACAUUAUAAUUUUACAUCAGAAACAUCAACAGUAACUGGAGAAGUAUUAGGAACUGCAAUAAUAAAAUCAAAAAAUGAAGUUUAUGAAAAUAAACAAAGACUUGAAAAUCCUAAUUCAUUUAAACAUUAUCGACAAAGUUUUUCCUCUAUAUUAGUAAAAUUUUUUGAUGGAUUUAUUAUUACUUUAGAAAAAAAGAAACUUGAUAUAUUAAACAAAAAGAGAAAACAAAGAAAUCUUGAAAUAAAACCUUUGGAUAAAUUAUUAGCAGAAAAAAAAUCAGCAUUUCUCAUUUCAAUAAUCUUAACUAUUGCAUUUCCUG